CCUGCCUUCAUUUUUUUCUUUCUUUCACUCUACACCCAAGCAGCCACAAAACUGGAUUAUAAUGUGGCUACUGGUUAAAAACCACACCUUUGCAAAGUCUGAUAUAUUUUGGAUAAAAUAUUUAACAUUAUGGUGCCUACUGAUACCCUCCAUAUUAAUUCAGGGAAUUGCCGAAGCGGGUUCAUCAUGCCUUACGGAGGGCUGCAGAAAUGGCGGGACAUGUAUAACGCAUACAAAUGGUGUUUCCACUUGCAAUUGCAACUCAAAAUAUGUUGGCGAUUUUUGUGAAUACCAGAAUCCAUGUCUGACGGGACCGGGUCGCUGCCAGAACGGCGGCACCUGUCAGGUCUCAUAUCGUAACGAAAGUCUGGGCAUUACUUGCAUCUGCCCCUUGGGUUUUGCGGAAUCGUUGUGCGAAAUCAAACUGCCAAAUGCCUGUGAUCCAUCACCGUGCCAGCAUGGUGGUACGUGUAAUUUGAAAACGCUGAGUGACUACACGUGUGCUUGUGUUAAUGGUUUUACGGGCAAACACUGUGAAACGAAAAACAUUUGUGCAACAUCGCCCUGCCACAAUGGCGGAACGUGCACCUCCAUCGCUGGUGUUAGCAAUUUCAAGUGUAUAUGCCCCGCAGGAUUUAGGGGCCCAACGUGCAGUGACGAUGUCGAAGAAUGUAAUAAUAAUCCCUGCAAGCAUGGCGGAACCUGUGUGAAUACUCAUGGCUCAUAUCAGUGCAUGUGUCCAGCUGGUUAUACUGGUAAAAAUUGUGAAUCAAAAUAUGUUCCAUGCUCGCCGUCACCGUGUCAAAAUGGUGGCACAUGUCGAUCAAAUGGUUUAACAUAUGAAUGCAAGUGUCCAGAAGGUUAUCAAGGUAAAAAUUGCGAACAAAAUAUUGAUGAUUGUCCUGGACAUUUGUGUCAAAAUGGUGGCACCUGUAUUGAUGGCAUCAACACCUAUCGUUGUGCCUGUCCACCAAAUUAUACCGGUGAACAUUGUGAAAAGGAUGUGGAUGAAUGUGCUAUAAGACCCUCGCUGUGUCAGAAUGGUGGCACCUGUAUCAACACCCACGGAUCAUAUUCGUGUAUCUGCGUUAAUGGCUGGAACGGUACGGAUUGUAGUAAAAACAUUGACGAUUGUGUUGCGGCAGCAUGUUUGUAUGGAGCCACCUGUAUCGAUGGUGUCGGUUCAUUCUAUUGUCGUUGUUCCCCAGGCAAGACAGGUCUCCUCUGCCAUUUGGACGAUGCCUGUACCUCAAAUCCUUGCCAUUCCGAUGCUGUCUGUGAUACCAGUCCCAUUAAUGGUUCUUACACUUGCUCCUGUGCCACGGGUUAUAAAGGUGUUGAUUGUUCCGAGGAUAUCGACGAAUGCGAUCAAGGUUCACCAUGUGAACACAAUGGUGUCUGUGUCAAUACGCCCGGCUCUUUCCGCUGUAAUUGUUCUCAAGGUUUCACCGGUCCACGUUGUGAAACCAACAUCAAUGAAUGUGAAUCGCAUCCUUGUCAGAAUGAAGGUAGCUGCCUUGAUGAUCCUGGUACGUUCCGUUGUGUUUGCAUGCCCGGUUUUACUGGCACCCAAUGUGAAGUCGAUAUCGAUGAAUGCCAAUCAAAUCCCUGCCUCAAUGACGGUGUUUGUCAUGACAUGAUCAAUGGUUUCAAAUGCUCCUGUGCCAUGGGUUUCACCGGGUCCAGAUGUCAAAUCAACAUCGAUGAUUGCCAGUCGCAGCCAUGUCGUAAUGGUGGUAUAUGUCACGAUUCCAUUGCGGGAUACACCUGUGAAUGUCCACCCGGCUAUACGGGGCUGUCGUGCGAAGUCAACAUCAACGAUUGCGAUUCGAAUCCCUGCCAUCGUGGUAAAUGUAUUGACGGCGAUAAUCGUUUUACAUGUGUAUGUGACCCCGGUUUUACGGGUUAUUUGUGCCAGACCCAAAUCAAUGAGUGUGAAUCGAAUCCUUGCCAAUAUGGUGGCCACUGUGUGGAUCGUGUCGGCUCAUAUGUAUGUCACUGCUUACCGGGUACCUCGGGUAAAGAUUGUGAAAUUAAUGUCAACGAAUGUCACAGCAAUCCGUGCAACAAUGGAGCCACUUGUAUCGAUGGCAUCAACAAAUACACCUGUCAGUGUGUGCCCGGUUUCACCGGUGUCCACUGUGAAAUAAACAUCAACGAAUGUGCAUCGAAUCCCUGUGCCAACAAUGGUGUCUGCAUGGAUUUGGUCAAUGGCUACAAAUGUGAAUGUCCCAGAGGUUUCUACGACUCACGCUGUCUCAGUGAUGUGGAUGAAUGUGCCUCGAAUCCCUGCAUCAAUGGUGGCCGCUGUGAAGAUGGUAUCAAUGAAUUUAUCUGCCAUUGUCCUCCGGGUUAUGGUGGCAAACGUUGUGAAAUUGAUAUCGAUGAGUGCUCCUCGAAUCCCUGCCAGCACGGUGGAUUCUGUGUCGAUGAAUUGAAUGCCUUCAAGUGCCAAUGUAUGCCCGGUUACACGGGUCUCAAAUGUGAAACUAACAUCGAUGAUUGUGUCAACAAUCCAUGUGCCAAUGGUGGCACCUGUAUCGACAAGGUCAAUGGCUACAAAUGUGUCUGCAAAGUACCCUACACCGGUGUGGACUGUGAAUCAAAAUUGGAUCCCUGUGCCACCAAUCGUUGCCGUAAUGAUGCCAAAUGUUCGCCAUCACCAAAUUUCCUGGAUUUCUCCUGCAGAUGUAAAUUGGGCUACACGGGUCGCUACUGUGAUGAAGAUAUCGAUGAAUGUAAACUGUCCACUCCAUGUCGCAAUGGAGCCACUUGCCACAAUGUUCCCGGUUCGUAUCGUUGCAUCUGUGCCAAAGGUUAUGAGGGCCAUGAUUGUGCCAUUAACACCGAUGACUGUGCCAUGUUUCCCUGCCAAAAUGGUGGCACUUGUUUGGAUGGCAUUGGCGAUUACACCUGUCUGUGUGUGGAUGGUUUCGAUGGAAAACACUGUGAAACUGAUAUCAAUGAGUGCUUGAGCUUACCCUGUCAGAAUGGUGCUACUUGUCGUCAAUAUGUCAACUCCUACACCUGUACUUGUCCGCUGGGCUUCUCCGGCAUCAACUGCCAGACCAAUGAUGAAGAUUGUACGGAGAGUUCCUGUAUGAAUGGUGGUACGUGUAUCGAUGGCAUCAACAGCUAUAAUUGUUCCUGCUUACCCGGUUAUACUGGAUCGAACUGUCAAUAUAAGAUCAACAAAUGUGAUUCCCAACCGUGUCAAAAUGGUGCUACAUGUCAUGAAAAUGGUGAUGAGUACACAUGCCACUGUUCCUAUGGCUAUACGGGCAAGCAGUGUACCGACUAUGUCGACUGGUGCCACAAGUCACCCUGUGAGAAUGGAGCAACUUGCACCCAGAUUAAGAAUCAAUUCAGUUGUCGUUGUGCUCCCGGUUGGACGGGCAAACUUUGUGAUGUGGAGAUGGUCUCAUGUUCGGAUGCCGCUCUACGUAAAGGUGUAUCUCUGGAACAGUUGUGUAACAAUGGCACAUGUAAGGAACAUGGCAAUUUCCAUCGUUGCUAUUGUAAGCAGGGCUACACUGGAAGUUAUUGCCAGCAGGAAAUCAAUGAAUGCGAAUCGCAGCCCUGUUUGAAUGGAGGAACUUGUCGCGAUUUGAUUGGCUCGUAUGCCUGUAGCUGUCGCAAAGGUUUCCAGGGACAAAAUUGUGAACUGAACAUCGAUGAUUGCUCACCGAAUCCUUGUCAGAAUGGAGGUACUUGCCAUGAUUUGGUCAACACCUUCAGCUGUAGUUGUCCACCCGGUACGGCUGGUUUGAUAUGCGAAGUGAACGAAAAUGACUGCAAACGUGGAUCGUGCCACAAUAAUGGCACAUGUAUCGAUCGUGUUGGAGGUUUUGAAUGUCUUUGUCCACCCGGCUUUGUGGGUUCCCGUUGUGAAGGUGAUAUCAAUGAAUGUCUCUCGAAUCCUUGCUCCAAUGCUGGCACCUUGGAUUGUGUCCAAUUGGUGAAUAAUUAUCAUUGUAACUGCAAGCCAGGCUACAUGGGUCGUCAUUGUGAAAAUAAGGUCGAUUUCUGUGCCAAUUCCCCGUGCCAGAAUGGUGGUAUAUGUUCACCCAAACAGGGUGGUCACCAUUGCCUCUGUACCGAAGGUUUCUAUGGUAAAAAUUGUGAAUUCUCUGGCCAUGAUUGUGAUUCGAAUCCCUGUCAGGCUGGCACUUGUGUCAUAGACGAUGGUGGUGGCUAUCGCUGUGAUUGUCCUCGUGGCACUGAAGGACGACAUUGUGAACGUGAUACGAUGGAUGAAUGUACCCCCAAUCCCUGCCUACAGGGUGCUGCUUGUGAUAAUCUGCUGGGUGAUUUUGUUUGCUUCUGCCCCGCCAAGUGGAAUGGUAAACGUUGUGAAAGCUAUGAUCCCAAUUAUCCUGGUUGGGUAAUGGAUCCAUCUCGGGGUCUUCAAAACAAAUACUCAAAGGACUUGGAAUAUCAACGGGAAAUGUGUGAAAAGCGAGGAUGUGAACAAAAGAAGGGCAAUCACAUUUGCGAUCCCGAAUGCAACACAUACGCCUGUAACUUCGAUGGAAACGAUUGUUCGCUCGGCAUCAAUCCUUGGGUCAACUGCACGGCAAACAUACAAUGCUGGCAGGUCUUUAUGGACGGUAAAUGUAACGAGGAAUGCAACAACGCUGCCUGUCUGUACGAUGGACGUGAUUGUGAAAAGAAAUUGCAGCCCUGUAAUCCCAUCUACGAUGCGUACUGUUCCAAGCAUUAUGCCAACGGUUUCUGUGACUACGGCUGCAAUAAUGCCGAGUGUAAUUGGGAUGGUUUGGAUUGUGAGAAUGAAGCUGAGCCGCCGAAUUUGGCUGAUGGUGCCAUAUCUGUUGUAGUCCUAAUGGAUGUGAAGCAAUUCCGUGAGCAACAGGUGGUCUUCUUGCGGGAAAUGGGUCAUCAUUUGAGGACAACGGUGCGUAUUAAGAAGGAUCCACUGGGCAAUGAUAUGAUCUUCUCGUGGAAGGGUACCCAACCAAUCAACGAUAUUCAAAAUACCGAUUUCGGACGUAAAAACAAAAUCCUCUUCACCGAACGCAUUGGCCAGACCGGCAUUCAAGUCUACUUGGAAAUUGAUAAUCGUAAAUGUACCGAAUGUUUUUAUCGUGCUGCAGAGGCCGCUGAAUUUUUAGCUGCUUCAGCAUCGAAAUAUACCUUGUCCUCGAAAUUCCCCAUCUACAGUGUACGGGGUGUACAAAACCCUGGUGAGGAUAUGAUAGAAACACCCACCAAUGUGAAAUAUGUCACCCUGGGUAUAAUUUUGGUUGUCCUGGCCUUUGCCUUGUUUGGUGUCUUGGUGACAACACAACGUAAGCGUGCUGCUGGUAUUACUUGGUUCCCCGAAGGUUUCCGCACACCCACCAUUAAUCCCCAACGUAGACGACGUGAUCCCACCGGUCAGGAAAUGAGAAAUUUGAAUAAAAAUCCAUCCAUGGCCUGUAUGAGUAAUGAUGUGAAUAUGAAUUCGGGACACAUGGGUCAUGCUCCGCAAUGGUCCGACGAUGAAUCGGAUAUGCCACAACCGAAGAGAUUGCGUAAUGAUCAUGGUGGCUAUGCCAGCGAUCAUACCAUGGUAACGGAUUAUGAAGAGGCUGAUAAUCGUGUAUGGUCUCAGGCUCACUUGGAUGUGGCCGAUGUUCGUUCUUCGAUUAUGACACCACCGGCUCAUCAAGAUGGCAAACACGAUGUUGAUGUGCGAGGACCAUGCGGUAUGACGCCUCUAAUGGUGGCUGCUGUACGCGGCGGAGGCAUUGACAAUGGUGAAGAUAUUGAAAAUUCCGAUGAUACCACGGCCCAAGUUAUUUCGGAUCUGUUGGCACAGGGUGCAGAGUUGAAUGCCACAAUGGAUAAGACUGGUGAAACCUCACUGCAUUUGGCUGCUCGUUAUGCUCGGGCUGAUGCUGCUAAACGCCUGCUGGAUGCUGGAGCUGAUGCCAAUUGCCAAGAUAACACUGGUCGUACUCCAUUACAUGCUGCUGUGGCUGCCGAUGCUAUGGGCGUCUUCCAAAUCCUAUUGAGAAAUCGUGCCACCAAUUUGAAUGCCCGCAUGCAUGAUGGUACCACUCCCUUGAUUCUAGCUGCACGUCUUGCCAUUGAAGGUAUGGUCGAAGAUCUCAUCACGGCCGAUGCUGAUAUAAAUGCUGCCGACAAUUCUGGUAAAACCGCCCUGCACUGGGCUGCUGCUGUUAACAACACUGAAGCUGUCAACAUCCUCCUUAUGCACCAUGCCAAUCGUGAUGCCCAAGACGACAAAGAUGAAACUCCACUGUUCCUGGCUGCCCGUGAAGGUUCGUACGAAGCCUGUAAGGCAUUGCUCGAUAACUUUGCCAAUCGUGAAAUCACCGAUCAUAUGGAUCGUUUGCCACGCGAUGUUGCUUCUGAACGUUUACAUCACGAUAUUGUACGCCUAUUGGACGAACAUGUGCCACGGUCACCGCAAAUGCUGGCCAUGACACCACAGACAAUGAUUGCCUCACCGCCACCCGGAAGCCAACCUCAAAUGAUUACCCAGCCUACUGUGAUUGCAGCCGGUAAAACCUCAAAGGCUGCACAAAAUAAGGCGGCCAAGAAAGCCAAACUCUUGGAGGGCAGUCCGGAUAAUCUACUCGACAACGGCGGCAGUCUAAGACGCAAACCGAGUUCAAAAAAGGGUUUAGGCCACCAGCCGGCAUCAAAAAAGGGAGCAAACAACAACAGCAGCAACCUUACGGCAUCACAGUUGCUGAAUGGGCUGGCUGGUGGCCCGACGGCGCAGGGCCCCGGUUCGGUGGAGAAUCAUCAACAACAGCUGCUGGAUGCAGCACUCAGUUCAGUGGAUUCACCGCCGCCGACGGCGCUCACAAGUCAGCCGAGUCCCUACGAUGCCACGUCGAUGUAUUCGAACGCCAUGAACGGGGGCGGCGGCUCCAACAAUCAUCACAACGAUCUGCUGGGGAGCAACAAUGUGAAACACCCACCGAGCUAUGAGGAUUGUGUAAAGAAUGCCCAGUCCAUGCAAUCUUUGAUACCCCAACAAAGCCAUGACAUGAUCAAAAUGGAAAAUUAUGGCUAUUCGAUGGGAUCGCCGUUUCAUCAGGACCUCAUGAAUAGCAAUCAAAAUAAUGCGAAUGGUUUGAAUGGCAACAAUGUUAUGGGUGGCCAUGAACAGGGUCUGAGUCCACCCUAUUCGAAUCAGUCGCCACCACAUUCGGUGCAAUCGAAUAUGGCCUUGUCACCGCAUGCCUAUUUGGGAUCUCCCUCACCUGCCAAAUCACGUCCCAGUUUACCCACAUCACCCACCCAUAUGCAGGCCAUGCGCCAUGCCACCCAACAAAAGCAAUUUUGUGGCAGUAAUUUAAAUACCCUGCUCGGCGGCGGUGGUGGUAACGGCAAUGCCAAUGGUAAUGGUGUGUCAAGCGGUGCUUCCACAUUACAAACACAAAACUCACCGAACAGCAUGAAUUUCCAAACUCCCAGCAGUCAGAAUUCGCCAGUUAGUUUGGGUAUUAUUUCGCCAACCGGCAGUGAUAUGGGUAUUAUGAUGGCAUCCCAGCAGCAGCAACAGCAAAUGCAACAACAACAGCAGCAGCAACAACAGAACAAGAAUAGUGCAAUAUUACAAUCGAUGCAACAACAACAGCAGCAGCAACAACAACAGCAAAUGGGUAAUAAUAAUGGUGGUGGAAUCGAUUUCAGUUCAGCAGGCUUGGACUUGAAUAGUUUUUGUGGAUCACCAGACUCAUUUCACUCGGGUCAAAUGAAUCCACCAUCCAUACAAAGUUCAAUGUCAGCCUCAUCACCGUCAACAGCCAAUAUGUUGUCGCCAUCAUCACAGCACAAUCAGGCCUUCUAUCAGUACCUGACACCGCCCAGCCAACAUUCGGGCAGUCAUACGCCCCAGCAUAUGGUACAAACAUUGGAUAGCUAUCCAACGCCAUCACCAGAAUCUCCCGGCCAUUGGUCAUCAUCAUCACCGCGUUCCGAUUGGUCAGAGGGUGUACAAUCACCGGGUGCCAAUAACCUCUAUAUAUCGGGUGGCCAUCAGGCCAAUAAAGGAUCCGAGGCCAUUUACAUUUGACAAUGAAAGUAAAAAGGGAGUUAUCCAAAUCUACAGGUUACCC